AUGGCUAGUGUAUUAACAUUGACUAUCCUGAAGUGUGUGACAGCUUUGGAUAAAACCUGGCAUCAAGAACAUUUCUUCUGCGCCCAUUGUCGUCGGCCUUUUGGGGAGGACGGAUUUCACGAAAAGGACGAUAAAGCUUAUUGUCGAAAGGACUUUUUUGACAUGUUUGCGCCUAAGUGUGGUGGCUGUAACAAAUCUAUCAAGGAUAAUUAUAUUUCUGCUCUAAACGGCCAAUGGCAUUCGGAAUGUUUCGUGUGCAGAGACUGCGGUCAGUCAUUCAACGGGGGAAGUUUCUAUGACCACGAGGGUCAGCCAUAUUGUGAGACGCACUAUCACGCCAAACGUGGAUCGCUGUGUGCCGGAUGUAACAAGCCGAUCGCAGGCCGCUGUAUCACGGCUAUGUUCCGGAAAUUCCAUCCUGAACACUUCGUGUGCUCAUUUUGCCUGAAACAACUGAACAAGGGCACGUUUAAGGAACAAAAUGAUAAGCCAUAUUGCCAUGCUUGUUUCGGGAAGUUAUACGGUUAACAUUUUUGCCUCGUUUUAUGAAGUGAAACUCUAAAGUGCUUUAUGUCACUUUAUCAAAUUUUCUUUGUUGUUUUUGCUUUUGAAUUGCCACAAACAUAAGUAAUAAUCUUUUAACAAAAUAUCUUUUGAUCAGUUAGGCACGAUAUUACAAAUUACAAAUUUUUAAUUGUAACUAAACGUUAGAAAAUAAUUCUGUAGAAGUGUUGAGAAAGAAUUUUCUAAUUUUUUAGGUUUCUGUUUUUGCAAAGAAACUUAUUCAAGGUAUUCAUGAAGAACAUUAGGCUAACUAUAUAGAUUAGAAUUAAAUUAAUUUAACUUAUAAUGAGAGCAGUACUGUAUAACUAAUUGACUGGAAAUAAUGGCAUAAAUCAAUAAGAAAGUAAAGUAAAAUAUAUAAUAAAUAGAAUGCGGUUGUUUAAUACUUAAUUUCAGCUUAAAUACACACGAGCUCAUUGUGCGCAAAGAAUGCGUCGCUUAUACAUAAUUAAAGUGAUAUUGUUACGUGGUUUUCGUGUUUGAACAUAAUUUACUAAAGCCGUGUAUCUAGUUUCUUACACUGUGGUGUAUUUUGUAUUAAAGUCUAAAGAAUCCCAUGUUUGAUACAAACUUACAUUGGGAGGGAAUAGAAUCCCAUGUUUUUUUAGUUUUUAAUCGUGAACUGCCACAAAAUGAGAAAUAUAUUAGUUCAGUUCUCUGCACGUGCUGACUAAAACAAGCUUGUUUAUGGUAUGUAACUGAUGCCUCGUGUGGUUUGUUGUUCAGUAGAACACGUAGAUUGAUGUGAUGUUUUUACAAAGAAUCGUAAUGGUUCCUUACUAAAAGAUCAAAACUCUGCGUAGUGUAAUAUUACCAUAACCUUACUAAAAAAUCAAAACUCUGCGUAGUGUAAUAUUACCAUAACCUUACUAAAAGAUCAAAACUCUGCGUAGUGUAAUAUUACCAUAACCUUACUAAAAGAUCAAAACUCUGCGUAGUGUAAUAUUACCACAACCUUACUAAAAGAUCCAAACUCUGCGUAGUGUAAUAUUACCAUAACCUUACUAAAAGAUCCAAACUCUGCGUAGUGUAAUAUUACCAUAACCUUACUAAAAGAUCCAAACUCUGCGUAGUGUAAUAUUACCAUAAAACGUCUUAUAUUUUUCACAGUCACUUGCAGUAGUAUUUUUGAAAAUCGUUUUUCAUUAGUACUGGUGUUUGAGGCACAUGUCACAAUUACUCUGUGUGCUACAUUAACGUAACAAACACCAUGAUAUGCACAAUUGUUUUGGCAAGGGCUGAUCUAAAAUAU